AUGUCGAACCUAGCGCUGGUGGUGCAUGGAUCCGAGCUCCGACAAGAGUCGAUUGCCAUCCCCUCGCCAGCCCCGCACCAAGUCCUCGUCCGUUUGUCUCACGUUGCUCAGAACCCGACCGACAUCCAAGCCCUCGAUGGAAAAGCCUUCGGGGAUGGAGCCGUGCUCGGCUGCGAUUUCGUCGGCGAGGUCGUCGAGCUGGGCAGUGCCGUGACCCGAUUUGCCAAGGGUGAUGUUGUGGCAGCUUUGAUCUGGGGUGGCGAAAUCCCCGGUCUCGGCGGGUACAGUCACUACACGUUGGCCGACGAACGCAUCGCCUUCAAGCUGCCGCCGGGGGAGGUGAUCUCCCGCGAGGAAGCGAGCACCUUGCCCUUGGCCGCCGCGACGGCAUGGCUGGCUCUAUUCGCCAAGGGGUGUCUGGAUAUUGAUCGCGAUCGGUGCCAGGGGAGGAGUGUGCUGGUCUGGGGUGGUAGCUCGAGCGUCGGUCUCUACACCAUCCAGCUCGCCUCCCUGUACGGCCUCGAAGUAGUGGCCACGUGCAGCCCGCGCCACGCCGAUCUGGUCCGCGCGUCCGGCGCCUCGCACGUCUUCGAUUACCGGGCCGCGGACGUCGUCGACAAGAUCCGCGCGGUCGCGCCCUCCCUGCAGUACGUCUUCGACACGAUCGGCAACGAAACCUCGUCCGUGAUCGCCUCGCGGGCGGUCCAGGCCGGCGGCAAUGUCUGCACAGUGCGGCCGGGCAAGACUUACAGUGAGAACGUCGCGCCGGGGGUCCAGGUGACGAGUGUGCUGGUGUUUACGGCGUUCCUGAAGGACCAUUCCUAUGGGCCGUAUACGUGGCCGGCAUCCCAGGAGGACCAUGAGCUGGCCAGUGAGUUCUUCGACCUUGUGCCAGAUCUACUGGCGUCGGGGAAGAUCAAGCCGAGUCGGCCCAAGGUGCUGGGAGGACUGGAGGCUGUGCCGGAUGGGUUCCAGGAGUAUCGGGAUGGGAAGAUCUCGGGGUAUAAGAUCGUCUAUCGGAUUUGAUGGCACGUGGAUCUAGGGUUGUAGAGAAUAGUUGUGGACGGGAGUUGUAGAUAGGAGAAUAUGCUCGAUGCUCGAGGCUCUAAGCUCUAAGCUCUAAGGUCAAAGAAAGGCCUAGCGGGC